GACUUGGACGCGGAGAAGCAGGAAGUGAGUUGUACUUACAUUUCUCUUCUUUUCCUCUCCUAAAUGUGACAAGUUGGCUCCCUUGGAGUGUCCGCACUGCCCGCGCGCUCCUACGUGACACCAGAGUGACGUCCUGACAAUACAGCCAGGGAAAAUGCCACGCAAGAAGGUGACGGACGUUUCCGGAAAUGGAGGGAUGAAGAGAAAGAGGGCGAGCGGCAAAAAAAAGGAGAGAGAGUUUAGCAGCGACGACGAGUUUGACUACGACGAGCAGGAGAACAACAAGAAGCCGGGCAAGACCUCCACCAAGUCCUCUCUGCAGCCCAUCACUGUGGCCGACGACGUCAAGGAGAAGAUUAAACUGGAAUGCCCCAAGGUCAAAGGUCAACUGGUCAUAUUUGGAGCAACAAACUGGGAUUUGAAUGGAAGGAAAGAAGUGCCAAAACAACAAGCGGCUUUCCGCAACCUGGGCCAGAAUUUGUGGGGUCCGCACCGCUACGGCUGUCUCAACGACGUUCUGGUCAGCAGUGUGAUAUCUGGUCCAUGUGCGGCUCACAGUCUUCUCAUAACCACCGAGGGCAAGCUGUGGAGCUGGGGUCGUAACGACAAAGGCCAGCUGGGCCAUGGAGACACCAAACGUCUCGAUGCUCCCAAGCCCAUCGAGGGCCUGGCGGACCUCGUGAUCGUCUCCGCAGCCUGCGGACGUAAUCACACCAUCGCACUCACGGAUGAUGGUGCUGCUUACUCCUUUGGGGAAAACAAGCUGGGUCAGCUUGGGCAAGGCAGCCAGACUGAUGCUGUCCUCAGCCCAGCUCCUAUUUGCUACAAUGGCCAACCUUUGGUGAAAGCGUCGUGUGGUGCAGAGUUCAGCAUGGUGGUGGACUGCAAAGGCAACCUUUACUCCUUUGGAUGUCCUGAGUACGGUCAGCUGGGACACAACAGCGACGGUAAGUUCAUCGCUCGUGCUCAGCGCAUCGAGUUUGACUGUGAAAUCAUCCCUCGCCGAGUCGCCAUCUUCAUCGAGAAGUCCAAGGAUGGACCCAUCAUGCCCGUGCCCAACGUGGUGGUCCGGGACGUGGCCUGUGGAGCCAAUCACACGCUGGUGCUGGACUCCCAGAAGCGAGUGUUCAGUUGGGGGUUCGGAGGUUAUGGGCGUCUGGGCCACACGGAGCAGAAAGACGAGAUGGUUCCUCGUCUGGUGAAACUCUUUGACAUCCCUGGGAGAGGAGCUGCUCACGUCUACACAGGAUACCAAUGUUCCUUUGCUGUCAGCGAGAUGGGAAGUCUGUUCUUCUGGGGAGUGACCAACACCUCCAGAGAGUCCACCAUGUACCCCAAAGCUGUGCAAGACCUCUGUGGCUGGAAAAUACGCAGUCUGGCAUGCGGGAAGAGCAGCAUCAUCAUGGCCGCCGACGAGAGCACCAUCAGCUGGGGGCCGUCGCCCACCUAUGGAGAGUUGGGUUACGGAGACAACAAAGCUAAAUCCUCCACCACCGCCCAGGAAGUCAAGACCCUGGAUGGUAUUUACGUUGAACAGGUGGUGAUGGGCUACUGUCACUCCAUGGUCAUCGCCAGGCAGGACACUCAGACGGAGCAGGAGAAAGUGCAAAAGUUGCCGGAGUACAAUCCCCGAACAAUCUGAGCGAGACCUCGGUGAGCCACAACAACUUUUCAGGGAGCUGGGACGUCUUCUUGGGAAGUUUGAAUCCCCCAAGAGAUCUAACAUGUCUGGCUUUGUCUCACAUUUGGAUCCUAAAAAAAAAACAGAAGAGCUAAAAAAAAAAUUCCAUAAACUGUUCCAGCUGAACAAUUGAGACCUUUUCACUUGUGGGGUCUUAGUUUACGUCGAGCACUUUGUCCUCUGCAGGGGACAUGUGCUAAAAAAAAAAAAAGAUCUAUCUUUUGUCAUGUUUUGUGUUGCAGUAUUUGAAAAGUCCAAUUUACAGCUGCUCUCACUUUCUCAGAAGGGGACCAAUGCUCCAUUUUCUAUGAGAAAUGACCUCGUAGACGUUUGUUACAUUCCUUCUCUUCACAAUCUGGGUGGUUUUCAACGAUGCUUUGUUCUGGUUACAUUUUCAUUCCAAUAAAAGAUGUGUAAACUGUU